AUGCCAAAAAUCAAAAAAGAAUUAGUCGAGAGGAAGGAAGCAGAAAAAGAAGAAGAAGUCCCCGAGUCGAUGGAAAUUGACGACGUGAAAGAAGAAAAAGAAGAGGACGACGAUGAAGACGACCCAGAAGAGUGGGAAGAAAUGACGAUGGUGGUCACUGUGAACGGAAUCCUUGACGCUGAUUUGGUGCGAGAUGCUGUCCAAAAGAAUCUCAUCAGGCUACGAUACGCAGAGACAGAUGCGCCCGUACUUCAGGUUUCGAUGAUAGCUGAUCUCUUGAAACAUUCACUUUUCUACAGAUAAACAACUCCCUGUACACUGGCACGUGGAACGAAGACCUCGGCACGAACAUUGUGCUCCAAUCGAAAGGAAAAGAGCUGGAAGUUAUCUCUUGCACAUCGACAAUGCUCACCGCCGAGAAGGCGCUUCUGACGUCCGUCAACACGGAAGGAUCCGUAAUCGCCGCGAAGGCGGAUGCGGCUCCCAGAGCCGCUCUGAGUCGAACGCAGCCUCGCGGGAAAUGA